AUGACGGAAUCGUUGACAGCAAACAUAAGAGGUCAGUGUAUGAGCUUCAAAUUUCAAAAUCUUCGUCAUAAAGAACAAAUAAAAACAUUUUUCUUGGAAAUUGGUUUACAAUUGCAAAAAGUGUCAAAUGCAGAUGAGAAGCUAAUAUGUACACGUCAUAUUAUUAGCGCUUUAUUCGUUAUCGAUUUACCCGACGAAUAUCUAGCUAGCUAUGCUAAUUUAUUUAAAUCAUUUCAAGAAUCAUUGGAAAUUAUUUUACAACGCUGGUUAAGAAAUAAUAUGUUGAGUGAAGACGAUAACGUGUUAUUCAAUGACAUCAAUGAAGUUUUUAUGCGUUUGAUAUAUUCUGAACAAUAUAAACUGUAUGUCGAAGAAUAUGAAAUCGAUAUUGGAAAGAAUUAUAGUCCACAUUAUAUUUAUUUAAAAAACAGUUUAGUAGAAACGGUUGGCCAAUGUCUUUAUAAUAUUUAUCAACAUGGUAGUCUUUUAAAUGAUCAAUGUUUAAAUCAGUUAGAUACGCUUUUAUAUAUAAUUGGAAAAUGUGGAACGGAAAUUUUGCUUUGGAAUGAAACAUUAACUAGACUUUACCUAAUAACGAUCGAUUGUUUGAAUUCAAAAUUUUAUUUCGAUGUCAUUGAAAAUUUGGACCCAAACGUAUUAACAUUUAAAAGCAUUGAAAGCUUUUUGCUUUUGGGUUGUACAAAAUUACUGUGCGUCUACACAACUUCACAGAGUGAAUAUUGUAAUAUGAAUAUUUUUGACACAUUAAUCGAAAAAUGGAAUCAUUUAUUAACACAUUGUUUACCACGAAUAAAAACUUGGACACAACCAAUGGUUAGUGCAGUUAAAUACAUCAUCAGAAUAAUACAUAAUAUAUUACGUGACAAUGAGGCUGAAACAAAAAAUCAUAUUAAAAAAGAUUUUUUGAAACACUUUUUAACUAUAUUAUCACACAAACAUUUAUUAGAAUUAAGCGAAAAUGGUUCAAAGAAUGCACGAAAUAUCUUGUCAAAUUUAUCGUUGAUAUUAUAUGAAUUAUAUAGAGAAGACAAAACUCUAUUUGUCCAACAAAAUAUAGAUGAUAUGAAACAAUUGUUCCUACAGUUAGCACAAUUCUCACAUUGUGAUGAAUUAAUACUGCAUGCAAGUAUGAUCACGGCACAUUUAUUAUCAAGCACAGAUAUAAAAAAAAUGGACGAUAAGACUUGUAUGGUACUUGUGAAAUUAUAUUCCAAUAUACUUCGUGAACCAUCCAGUUUAUGCAAUCCACUUUAUGGAGGAUUAGUGUGUCAACGAAUUGUUUCGUUAAUGUCAGUUCUGCUUCAAUGCAAUGGCGUCGCAACUCAAUAUAUUCAAAUCGGUGGACUAAACGAUCUUGGUAAUUUAUUAAGAAGUAUAUCAAAAAAAAUGAAUCGAAUUAAUGAUACAGAGCUGGAUAACGAAACAAAAAUAUUGCAAGGCGUUCUUGAAUGCAUCUAUUAUUUAUGUGAUCGUAAAUAUAUUAGUGCUAGUAUGAUGCAGAAAGAGUGGUUGGAAUGUAUGGAAAAUGAUUUGUCUUCUAUUGAAACAUUUUACAAAGCGAUACAAAAUAUUAAAUUAUUAUUGGGAUGCUCAGAUGGUAUUCAACAUGCGCCAUUGCAAGAAAGUGGGAAAGCAAUUGAAGAAUAUCCAUAUGACAGCAAGGUUCUCGAACACCACGCAUGGUUUCAGCUACCUUCUAAACGUUUUCUCAAUUUGAGUAACGGUCGUUCUGGCUCUACGCUUCUAUCCCAAUAUAUUAUGUGCCAUCCAAAAAUUUUUAUGCAUGGGGAAUUACUUCCAGAUUUGUUCCUAAUGGAAGACGAUGCAUUUAGUAGUGAUUCAAUGAUUGAACAACUUGAUAGGGACCUUUCAUUAUGUGCUGUAGGUAGUGCAGAAGGAUUUAAAAUUCUUGUUGAUAAAUUCAAUGCGAGUAAGAUUUCAUUACUACGGUUGAUACAUCGUUUAAAUAUCAGUUUUGUGGUUCUAUGCUGGCGAAAACAAUUAAUUGAUUCAUUUGUCUCUCUUAAAAUAGCUGAGAGGACAAAAUGUUGGUAUAGUGAAAGAGUUAUUAAUUCAGAAGUAAAAAUAUUUGUUGAUGAGAAUGAAUUCAAUAAUUAUUGUAAAGAUUUGCGACAAAAAUGGCAGCUUGCCAUUGAUGAGAUUAGUAACCAUGUUCCAGUUUUACUAAUUGAAUAUUCAGAACUUUGCCGAAAUCCAAAACAAUGCUUAGCGCCUAUUUUCAAUGCAUGUGGUUUCGAAGAGAUUGAUGUUAGUGCACUCAUGAUACGCCAAAAUCCAGGACCACCGGCACAAAAAAUUAUUAAUUGGAAUGACCUAAGCGAUAAUGUGAAAAAUGCAGAAUUAAAUGUAAAUGAAAUGUUUACCAAUACUGUAGCGCUAUUUUCUGGGAAGCCUAAAGAAUGGUGGCCGGAGCCAGAACCAUUACCUGUGACCGGCGAAUGGAAUUACAGAGUAGCUGAACCUUACAUAGCACCAGAAGCAAUUGAUAAUGUGAUAAAAUCAUUAGCUUAUCGCAAGAUUUCAUCAGCUUCAUCAAAUAUUCUUCAUAUGGCAUUUGAGCUGCGCCGUUUUUAUAACGUACCUGUUGCUCAGCCGUGCGCUAAUGGUUUUAUUUCUUUGUUAUUAGCAUUACAAUCGGCCCAUAUUGGUCGAGGUGAUUAUGUCCUUGUACCAACGUUUACAAUGAUAGCAGUACCAAAUGCAGUUCUUUAUGUAGGUGCACAGCCCUUGUUUGUUGAUAAUGAAAAUGGAUCAUAUAAUCCUGGUGCAAAACAAUUUGAAGAAGUAGCCAAGCAAAAAAUUGGAUGUAAUAUAAAAGCGGUCAUUGUUUGUCAUACUUAUUCUGUACCAGCUGAUAUUCAUGGUAUUGUUGAAAUGUGCAAAGCACAUAAUUGGUUAUUAAUUGAAGAUAUUAGCGAAUGCAUAGGCGUUAAAGUAGGUGGGCGUCUAUUAGGUACAUUUGGAUUAUAUGGUUGUGCCAGUCUUUAUGCUAAUAAAACAAUUACAGCUGGCGAUGGAGGCUUCGUCAUAUCUCAAGACGCAACAGCGUCUGCUCGCCUAAUCUCAAUAGUGAAUCAUGGUUUUACGCCUAAAUAUCAUUUUGUGCACCAUGAACCGUGUAUUGAUGGGAAAAUCAAUGGAUUAGCUGCAGCAUUGGUAACACCUGCGAUUCCUCGUAUACUCGAUGUGAUUGCACAUCGGAAACAAAUCACACAAUGGUAUCGUACUGCUUUAUCAAAAUUUAAGAAUGAAAUACGUUGCAUGCCCAUAGCAGGAGAUGAAGAUGGACCGUGGGUCUUCGGUAUUGAAUGCAUUUCUCGAGAAGAAAAAGAAAAACUACGCAAAUUUUUAGCUCAAGAUUAUGGAAUUGAGACAAGAAAUUAUUUUCCACCAUUGAAUUUACAAUCAGCCUUCUGUGAUCUACCUGGUAUAAAGGCGACAUCAUGUCCUAAUGCAGAAUCGCUAGCAAAUAGAGGUUUUUAUUUGCCCUCACAUUACUGGUUAAGAGAGUCUGAUAUAACAAAUAUUUGUUCUGCUAUUGGUUCUUAUUUCACUCAUGAACAUUGUUUAAUAACGGAGUCAAAUUUUUCGUCACCGGUACUCGUAUCGGUUGACCCUCGAACCGCUGAACUUCGAGCAGUAGCAGUUGAUAAUGAAGAACAAUGUCAAAUUGCUUUGGAUGCAGUAAAAGCAACUUUAGCAAUAAGAAAAUUCUUCGUGGUAAAAAGAGAAAAUUGGUCUGAUUGUGAAUCACUUCAACAUUGGCUCAAAGAGUUAGCUAGUGAAAAAUCUCUGAGCAAUGAUUUACGCACAUAUUUUCGAUUUUAUAGCCACUAUCUGAAGAAUAUGCAGAAUAAUGAUCACUUGUUGCCAGUACCUAUAACACAACCACCAUGGAGUGAUUUUGAACUUCUACAUUGUACAAUUCCAACAUCAACACCAACAGAAGUGCAAAAACUUCUUUGUUGGCUAUGUGAUUCAUAUAAAUGUAAAAAUAUUGUGGAACUCGGUUCGUGGCUCGGUGGCACAACAAUUCAAAUGCUUAACGCUUGUCGUGAUGAUAAUGUCUGUAUCACAGUUUUUGACGGCUUCAGAUGGCAAGAAUGGAUGAAUGAAAUAGUGUCACCUCAUUUGCGUCGUGCAACUGGCAAGCUUUUUUUGAAGGACUUUAUUUCGAACAUUCGUACUGUAACAUCUCGGAAGAGUGCGGUAGUGCCGAUUCAAUUGCCUAUUGAUUCGAACAUCUGGCCAGAACUUGAAAAUAUCGUCAAAAAAAACAUUGAUUUAGUUUAUAUUGACAUUAGUGACGAGGUGAAUGAAAUAGAAUUAUUGUGGAAAGUACUUGAACCACAUCUGGUACAUAAUAAAAGUCUUGUUGUUACACAUACUUACGGUUGGUCACCAGGUGUCUGUUGUUUUGUUCAAAAUCAUUUCGCUGAUCUAAAACCACUUUAUAAGCCAGCGUCAUUUGCUAAGGCCUUUUUGUAUGUGGGCCCAUAUAAUAAAACAGUUAAUGGCAUUACCACGUUACCAUUCCCAAAGAAAGUAACAUUUGCUGAAUCACCAGAUGAUUGGACACAUCAUCGAGGUGGUGGUUACUGUGCUAUUAUAGAAUAUACAAAGCAGUGCCUUCAUACAGACAAUGCAACAAUAGUUUUUAUUCCAGCUGUGGAACAAUAUUUUUUUCAUAAACGAAUGGUCGUUGAGGAACCAUGGAUAGGUGUUAUGCAUCAAGCCCCUAAUUGUGAUACAAUAUGGAUAUCUGACAGUAAUAGAUUAUUAAAAUCGCCAUUAUUUUUGGAUAGUUUGCGCCAUUGUUAUGGAUUAUACACUCUGAAUAGACACCUACGAGAUUAUAUACGCCAAAAUUUACCAUAUGAUACUUCAAUACCAGUAUGUCAAUUGUAUUAUCCAAUAUGCAGCAGUAUAUCGUUGUCAUCGACGAUGAAAACAGUACGAAGCAAAAUAGUGAUGAUUGGUAACUAUAUGAGAAAUUUUGAUGAUUUCGUUCAACUUUGUACGCCAUCAGGACUUCAGAAGGCUAUAUUGAUUGAAGAAACAUCCAAUGAAUUUCAGGAACGAAGUGUCAUUGCAGCAAAUCAAAAUAUUGAUAUAAUAACUCGUUGCAGUGACAGUGAUUACGAAGAUUUAUUAAAGAGCAGCAUUGCGUUUCUUAGUCUUAAAAGUGAUGGUAUUGCAUCAACUCUAGUAAUUGAAUGCAUAUGGAGUAAUACACCUAUACUUGCGCGCCGUUUUUCAUCAUUAGAAGAAUACCUUGGACAAAAAUAUCCAUUUUUUUUUGAUUCCCUUGAUGAAGCUGCAGCUUUAUUAUGUUCAUCACAAAAAUUAUAUGCCGCUCAGCAAUAUUUACAAGAAAUGAAUAAGAGUCAUCUUACAAAGGAACAUUUCGUUCAAUCAAUCGUUCGCAGCGCACCGUAUCAAAAUUUACCAAGUCUAUCUCCGAUUUCAUCAACUUUUGAAAAGUUCGAUGUUACAGUAUGCCUGUGUUCCUAUCAACGUACAGAAAACCUGCACUCUAUUUUACAUUCUUUAUUAUAUAAACAAGAUUAUGAAGGAAAAAUUGAAAUUAUUCUUUGGAAUAAUAACUUUGAUCGUCGUGACACAGUUGAUAAUAUUUGUAGACAAUUCAAUGGGCCAAUACACAUCGUACAUUCAAGCACGAAUUAUUAUUGUAUUAUACGUCUAAGUGUAGUACCGCUAAUGAACAGUGAUGUGCUUAUUAUUGUUGACGAUGAUAUGAUACCAUUGACCCAUUUUAUAUCCACAUUUGUUGAACAACACAUGUUAUCAGGUACAAAAGUUUUAUUGUGUUUACAUGGACAUAAAUUUUCUCCACAUGAAUUGAAUACCGAAUGUCCAGAUGUUGUUUGGUCUGAUACUGGUGUGGUCGAAUUUAUUGAUGAUGAUAUGCCUUCUCAACCAAUACACUAUGCGCAUGCUGAUGGUUGUUUGAUACCUCGACAAGCACUCAAAGAUGCAUGUUCUAUUGACAUGCCCAAAAAAGAAUUCGUUUUAGUUGAUGACUACUGGCUAUCAUUUGUUCUUAGUCAUUAUUUUGAUUAUCAGAUUUGUAAAAUAACAUCAGAAAAAGGUUGUCCCUAUGUGAAAACUAGUUCUGCUGAUGAUCCAAAAACAGCAUUGUACUUGAAUCCAACAGUUAUUGCAUUGCGCACAGAAUUAUACGUUUAUCAUAUGCUUCAGAGAUGGCCAGUAUUUAAUAAUAUAUACUGUCCAUUGCAAACAUCGCCUGCAAUUCGUAUCGAAAAGGUUGACCGAUGGAAAAAACCAUUUGUUGGUUUUAAUAUACCUAUGUCAUUACAUCCAGAUGAUAUGAAAGUUUUGCAAAUGUUAGGAGUGACCGUUGUACGGUUAGGUGCUGUAUGUGACACUUUACAUGGUGACGAUAAUAGUGAAAACAUUAUAUCUGAUCUAGCUUUUCUCGCGCCAUCAUGUAUGAAUCAAAUUAUACCAUCUGCAUUACAAGAACUUGUUACCUACAUACAACAUUUUGCUGUAUAUAAUAUUGAUGUUAUAAUAACACUUCAUCGGCAUUUGGCAAUACCAAACGUAUGGAAACAAAUUGCGACAGUAUUAAAAGAUGUUCCGAACGUAAUAGGUUAUGACUUAAUCAAUGAACCAUUUACCAUUGAUGAGCAAAGUCACUGCAUUGAUGAUUUAGAUACUUGUUUCCCGAAUGAUAUAACAUUAAUGGAAUAUUACGCUGAUAUCAUCGAGAAUAUUCGCCAAAUAGAUCAAAAUACACCGAUUAUAAUAGAAACAUCAUUUUGGGCAAGUUGGAAAACACUUCGGCAAAUAAAUUUUAAAAAAUACCUCAGAAAAUUUGCCAAAGAUAAAGAUUUAUUUAAAGUUUCAUUUCACAUGUACGAGCCACAAUCAUUAACAAAUAACCGUUCCAACGAUGGAAAAUAUGUUUAUCCCGGUAUAGCUCCAACAUACGACGGUAAUUAUGCUAUUAUAAAAGAGUGGAAUUUAAGUAUGUUUAAAAAUACUUUCCAGAAAAUCAAUGAAAUUACGAAAAAUGUUUUGGAACUUGAUUCAAGUCAAGUUUUCGUUGGCGAGGUGGGUAUUGUUCGUCAUGUAGAAGGUGCAUCGCAGUACUUAGAAGAUAUCUUACAUUUAUGCCAGAGCUUUCGUUGGAGUGUAUGCAUUUAUUGCUUCCGUGAACAUCAUUGGGAUGGUAUGGAUUAUGAAUUAGGUGUAGAACCGUCUAACAAAAAGUCUCGUUCGCAAAGUAAUACUAUCAUGACCAAAAUACAGGAAGCGAUUUCUCGCAGCAAAAAACUAUGA